CGAAUGACGAAAAAUGGCUGUCUAGCGACGUUUUGAUGAUUAUUUUGUGUUAGGUUAUUGUUUGUUUUACAAAGAGGCGUGAUAACAAACAAUAAGCAAAUAUGACAGCCGCUGUAAACAGAAAAGGAACAUUUGUUCUGUCUGAUCCAGAGCCAACAAGAGAAUCUGGUAUGGACAAGCAAAAUGUGAUGCGACUGAGGAUAAACAGAAUCGCUCUUGUCCAGGAGUUGCGAGUGGAACACAUCCUCAACCACUUGAUUGACACACAAGUCUUGUCUGAGGAAGACUUAAAGAAGAUCCAUGCUGGCUCCUCUCACUCAGACAAAGCCAGAAUACUUGUGGAUUUAUUGCCAGGUAAAGGUCAGCAUAUUGACUGGUACAGAUCAUUUCGUGAAGCCCUGCAAAACCCUGAAGCAGCCCAAGACAUCAAGAAACGAUAUAGACUGCUGGUUGAUUUCUUAGACAACACUGUCAUCCACCGACCAAAUUCACAGCAAUCCAAAUUUUCAGAACUCCCCAAUCCAAGAAAGGACUCAUUUAAACUACCGAAGUAUGACCCUUUGCCAAACAUUAAAGCGAAUGGGCAGGCUCAGAAUGUUCUUAUUCUGGAUGAUGAGAGAAAACAAGAUGAGAAAGAAGACAACAGUCUUAGAGAGGUUGAUGAGAAGGAUGAGAAGAUUUCCAUGUGGAGUGGAACGUUUGAGAAGACCAAUGACUCAGUGACGCUUGUCAAGGGGUACUUUCAGCAGUGGAUCCCCACACCAGACAACUUUCGAUCCCUGCUCACGGUCCCUCAGGAGCAUCUGCACCAGCUGGGCCGGUCCUCAGACCCUGCAGACCGGGAGCAACUGGAGCAUGAGACAAGGGCGCUGGAGCGUAUCAAGAAACUCGAGAUCGUCACUGUACUUGCACGCCGUAAAAUGCUGCCGACGGGCUUCGAGCUCUGCAUGUGCGAUAUUGUUCAGGAGAUAUUUAAAGAACCGCAAUAUUAUCAUCUGUAUUUUAAAUACCUGAAGUCAUUGGAAGCCAAUGAUGUGAAUCUUUUGCAAGACAUUGUCACCUCUUUCUACUCAGUUUUGAAGAGUAACACCAAACAAGCGAGGAACUCAGAAAGCGUCAAGCACUUCACCUCGCUGGCAUUUCAACUCAUUGACUUCAUGACAGAGUAUGGUUACUACACAGACGCUGAGAAGGUCAUGUCGGUACUGAUGCAGUUCCUGAGCGAGUCCCACCACCUGGAUAUCUGGAUGACCAAGUAUAGGGGCUAUGUCAAGCUGAUGCACCUCCGCAACCGCAACUACAACUUCCUGUCUGCGAGUCAGGCGUACCAGUACGCCGUUGAGAUGACAUGGCAGAUCAAGAUGAUGUCGUUCGGUCAGAACAUCAUCAACGAGGGGGAGCUACAGAAUGAGCUGAGCCACAUGCUCCUAGAGCUUGGCUCAAUAAACCCGGCAUACUCCUGGGCACAGAGUGCUCUCAAGGCUAUUCAGGAGACGGACAAAGUAGUCGUGGUGAAUACUCUGUGUAACGCUGUUAUGGCUUUCUGUGCACGUUGGCAGGUGAAGAAGGCUGAGAAACUGGCCAUAUAUGCCACACAGUUUGCACAUCAUCACUUUGGCAAGAGGAAUCCUCUCUACCUAAAGGCCUUGCUACAUCUGUGCCACUUCUCUACGGAGUUUAAGCAGGAUGAGUCAGGGUUGCAGCUUGCAAUGUACACCCUAUCGACUGCCAAGAAGAUUUACUGCUGUGACACCAUUGAGCUGGCGUUUGCCCACCGUGCGGCCAGCAAGGCGCUGAUGGUGUGUCAGAGGUUUGACACAGAGAAGUAUUACUAUCACGCAUAUGAGGGGCUGCGUAUCGCCAGGAGGAUACUCACAGAGGACCAUCCCAUGCUCUACCUCUUCCUCCAUACAUCCGCGUCUGCUCUGCAGUGGAAGGCGUUCCACGCUAGCAAGGAGUCCCAAGACCGGACCCUGGCCCUGGCUGAGGGCGAGGCACGCAAGGCCCUGGAGCUGGUCAUUCAGCACUACGGGGAGGUCAGCCUGCGCACUGCACAGGUCUACUCACUGCUCGGGCAGGUCUACUCUAAAAUGGACAGAAAUACAAUGCCCGAACUGGCGAAACAUCCGCUGCAGGUGGCAGAAGACAUGCUUCAGACGAGUGUGGCGCUGAUGAAGCUGUGUCAGCCCAGUACCAGCUACUUCCGUCUGCUCGCAGCAGCAACGCUCGGCACCUUCUAUAAGAUCACAGAAAAACCUAAAGAGUGUAUCAUGAUCCUGAGAGUUGUGGUCGACAGCAUAGCAAGCAUGCUUUAUACCCAAGACUCCCCAGGGGUGUACAUGAAGUGGGUGCACACUUGCUUUGAGAACCUCAUACAUACCUUGCAGUCUCUCAAUAUCAACAAACAGGUGGAUGCAACUCAGAUCCAGCUCUCCCACUGGCUGCGUGACAACCCCCGCUUGGAGACCGUGGUUUCCAUGACAACGCUGCAUGAGGCCCCCUGCAGUCUGGAGGUAUUCAUGGGGGAGUUCAACUCCUGGGAGAAACGCACCAAGAAAGCACUAAACUUUGUGAAGGAGGCAAAAACUGGUGACAAUCAACAGUAGAGACCAGGAAAUUAUACAUGAAGAGAGCAUCCAUAUUUUAGCUGGGAAGAAAAGCCUUAAUGCAUGUGCAUAAAGUGUCUAAUCAGGGACAACACUUUACGCUUUUUAUGCCCCCGGAUUGAAUGAUCGGGGUAAAUUGUUUUUGGCCUGUCUGUCUGUCAUUGUGUGUGUCUGUCUAAAACUGUAAUCUUGGUCUGAACUUUUGCAAUAUUAAAGAUGGCAACUUGAUAUUUGGCAUGCAUGUGUAUCUCAUGGAGCUGCACAUUUUGAGUGGUGAAAGGUCAUCCUUCAAGGUCAAAAGUCAAAUAUAUGGCUUCAAAGGGCAGUAGGGGGCAUUGUGUUUCACAAACACAGCUCUUGUUUUGUACAUGUAUUUUUCAUUAAAAAGGAAGUCACUUCUUAGUGAAAUCCAGUUUAGGUGGAAAGAGUUAUCCCUUAUCAGUCUAUGGGAACUACUCAGGGUAAUCUGGGACAAUGCUUUAUACACUUGCAUUAAGCCCCAUUUUCCCUGAGAAAGGCCAAUAUGUUGGUUUGACAUGCAUGAUCUUACUAGGAGCCAUGUCAUGUUGGGGUACCUCUGUAUUUUUGGGAAUAAGGCUUGUAUAUGUUGAGUUUCUUUGGGAAAUCUUAACUCGAUAUGUACUUAAAUAAAAAAUGUCUACAUGAAAGCAACAAAAUAUUUAAAAAAAACAACAUAGAAUUAGUAUUCACUAGUUUAGAUAAUUUAAUUUCAAAACAACGUUAUAUGGAAUUGUAUUUAUUAAGUUAUAUCUUUCCAAAGGAUCUUUGUGACUGUAGAUGUGAUCAUUUGCUCAGUCUGUUAACCCUUUGCAUGCUGGGAAAUUUGUUGUCUGCUAAAAUGUUGUCUGCUGACUUUUUAUAAUUAGCAUUUUCUUAAAAAAAAAUUAAAAGAAUACUAUCAGAAUAGCAAACAGUUUGGAUCCUGAUGAGACGCCACGUUUUGUGGCGUCUCGUCUGGAUCCAAACUGUUUGCAAAGGCCUUUAAAAUUCGGUUCCAGCACUGAAAGGGUAUAGUCUCUCCUAUCAUUUCUGGCAUGUUUGACUUUAUAGCCAUAGUUUAGUUACUUUUUCUUCCAAGCAAUACUAAUAAUAGCUCAUUUUUUUGCACUUUGUAUAUUGUCUAAUAUCAGACUUCCAUAUCUUUCGGCAUGUAUGCAUUGAAUGUAAUGUAACAUAGAAAAAACACCUUCUACCUAUGAAUGAUUACCUUAAAUAAUUAUUCACAGAUGCUUGCAUCACAAAGACUGUACACUCUGGCUUUAUUUAUUUAACCCUUUACCACUUAGAUAUGUCUUUUGAUGCAUUUGUAUUACCACUUAGAUAGGUCUUUUGAUGCAUUUGUAUUACCACUUAGAUAGGUCUUUUUAUGCAUUUGUCGUCACAUAGAAAGUUGAAUUUAGUUAAAGACCUUUCUUACUAGAGACAAGUUUUAAAGGCUUCAUUUCCAACCCUUAGUUAAUGAAGAGCAGCAAACAGCAUAAAACCUGAACAGACUGCAAGUUACUUGCAUCAAUCUAUUUUCCGAAAUUGAAGUGCUCUCAGAAAUAUUUUGUUUUGUGUUUGACAUGUGGUUCUGUAACCUCUGGGUACAUGUAAGUGUUAAAACUGUACAACAUAACGUUUCUGCUGAUUUUUUUUCUGCUUUCAUGCUUUAACUUUGUAAGCAUUUAGCUGUUUAUUGAUGUUUAUAUUUCUUUUACAUCUUGAACAUUCACAAGGAUAACAAGGACUUGCCCUUACAACCUGUGUAUUCACUUGAAGGUGUUCACAUGUCUGUAGAUUAAAAAAUUUGCUUUCUCUUUUGCUGUGAUAAAUGCAACUGUGGUAGAUUUUGUUAACCAUUAAAAGUGAAGUUGUGUGAUGCAAUUAUCAUAUGUUAUUAUGUUGUAUUUACACUCAGCAAAACAUAAUGUUGGUAAAAACCAACUCAAUUGAAGCAUAUUUGUAAACUAAAUUCAGCAUACAUGUACUGUACUAUAAUCUGUUAACUGUGAAUUUAAUAAAACUGUUAUGACCAAUACUUUAGCUGCAUUUCUAGGUGCUUUGUUUAGAGAAAAUUGACCAUGAUUUUAUUUCCUUUCAAUAAUUGUGUUUGUUAUUUAUUUAUAAUAUUAUAUGCAAAAAUAACAUGUUAUGCAUUCUCAUAAAAUGUUUCAGAUGUUAUACUCCUUUUGUGAUAAAUGGAUUAAAUCGUUUAAUACUU